AUCUUCUCAGUUGUGUGGAACGUAUCAAAGCUCACUGGUGCCCCCUAGCAUCCGGAGAUAUUAUUUCCCCUUCGGUCGUGGACAUGGCGGCUCAGGUCCGUGCUCUGGUUUCCGGUCAGUGGCUUGCAGAUGCGGUCAGAAGUAAUCUGGUCGGCCCCAAACUUCGCAUCCUGGACACUUCGUGGUACUUACCGAAGUUGAACCGCAAUGCAAAGGCGGAGUUUGCGCAGAAACACGUCCCGGGCUCGUUGUUUUUCGACAUAGACGAGUGUUCUGAUAGGAACUCUGCCUAUGACCAUAUGUUGCCAACUCCCAGCCACUUCUCCCAGUAUGUGGGAGAUCUGGGAAUCGGGAAUGACCCCCAUGUCGUUGUGUACGACACCAGCGACUUCGGCUCGUACAGUGCGCCACGGGUGUGGUGGAUGUUCCGGCUGUUCGGACACAACUUGGUGUCGGUGCUGGACGGAGGUCUGAAGAACUGGGUGGUUGACGGUCAUACGCUGACGUCUGAGAUCCAAACACCGGAGCGUAGAGAAUUCAAGGCUACAAUGAAUCCAUCCUGGGUGAAAAGUUAUGAAGAUGUGCUGGAGAACAUCAGGACCAAGAAGGUCCAGGUGGUGGACGCCCGGUCAGCGGGCAGGUUCAGGGGGGUUGAGCCUGAGCCCAGAGACGACACACUGCCGGGUCACUUCAGCGGUGCCAUCAACAUGCCUUUCACUACAUUCAUGGACGCCUCUGGAAAGGAGCUACCGACGGGGGAAUUGUCUAAGCUGUUCAAAGAGGCAGCAGUGGACCUGGAGAAACCACUGUGGGUCACGUGUGGUUCUGGUGUCACAGCGUGCCACGUGGUCCUGGCUGCAUAUCUACUGGGCUAUCCUGGAGUCAGUGUUUACGACGGCUCAUGGUCCGAGUGGUUUAAGAGGGCAAGACCAGAAGACAUAAUUUCAGAGGGGGUGAGAACGAAGGUGUGAGCAAGAGGGAGAAGGGUUGACUGGUAUAAAUAAUCAGAAUUUGAUGGUACUCAUGAAAGGGAAAGGUAUUUACUUACUGGCGCAAAAUUGAGUAGCGUCAAGUUAGUAAGGAAAAUAUUAACUUUGCAAAUAUUUACUAAUGUAACUAUAUGAACUUUAACAUGUGCUGUACUAUAAACAUAUUGACAGAAGAUAUGUUGAGCCAUAAUUUUAAUAAAACAAUUCACUGAUUAUUGAAAAAUUGUACAUUGUAAAGCAUUUAUAUUGUAUUCUGUCAUUUCUUUCACAAUAAAUUGAUUCCUGCA